UUGGACUCGGACAAACAAUCCAAAAUUUCAGCAUUUCAAAGCCCAUAAAUACCCGAGCUUUUCCACGCGUAUUUGCCCAUUACACGACUACCUUUGCCUGCAUAAAAGCUUCGGAAUCAUACUAAACUUUCUGUUGCGAGGUCGAGGGAUCGAAUCCCAUGGCGAGGUGGAUGGCAUUGGCGAGCUUCGGAAGGGCAGGGGUUCGAAUCCCAGGGUCUUACUUGUCCAAAUUAACCGCUGUUCUUGUGCUUGUAGCAGGCGUGCUCGCCGUGGUGACCGUGGUGUCGGCACUCUGCGCUAAGAAUUCUCGCAAGGAAGGAAAAUCAAAAAACCCUUACGCCGACGGUCCUAUGGAUUCGCCGCCUCGUAGCUCUGGAAAUUUCAAAUUGCCGCCCAGGUCUCCGGCCCGCGCCAUUAUCGAUACUAUAAGCAGCAAAAAGAUUUUGCUUGGGAGAAAAGGGGAGAGAAACGAGGAAGAGGAGAUGAAGGCAUAUGACCUUGCGGUAAUGGAAGAGGGAGGGUUUCUCUGGCAGAAAGGUAUUAUCAUGGGAGAGCGCUGUCAGCCUCCGGAUUUCUCUGGUGUGAUAAUUUAUGAUAAUAUGGGGAACCGCUUGUCUGAGUUCCCUCCGCGCUCCCCCAGACAUAACCUCUUUCAUCCUUCUCCUCAGGCGAACGCCACUCUGGUGCGAUAACGAAGGAUUUGACGCCAAUUUCUUCUAUAAAUAUUUCCUGAAACUACGGUUAAGGUUUUUCUCUGCUGUUCUGUGUCGUUUUACCGGUUCCCGUCACAUAACAGAAGAAAGAGGGUGAUAUCCGUCGAUUCCCGUGAAUCUACUUCUGCUCUGUCAAAUUUUUCAGCUCUGCUUAUUGGCCAAAGUGGCAUGUAUCUUCUUAAAGCUAUCAAUUCAAGUAUAUUGGUGAUUA